AUGGCACUGACAGACUACAACCCUUUCACCAAACGGGAGGAAUUCACCCAGAGAAACCUGCUAGCCUACAAGAUCCUCACCAUCGUCUCCUGGCUCGUGCUGGUCAUCUUCGGUGCCAUCUACACGUUUCAAAAACCGACCGACUGCUCGAAGCACCAGCACUGUCACACGAUAUGGGGACAGAACAAUCAUAAUCCGAGCGGCUUCAGCGUCAACUCGGUGCUGACGAGCAUAUACUGGGUGGUUGUCCUGAUUUUCCAGGCUCAUUAUGUCCGUUUCCUGUGGAGCGCAGAGAAGGACUAUGUCACAAGCGCCGCAAAUGUCGGCUCGCAUUUCAUCUUGCAUAACCUCUUGACGUUCGGCUUCAUCAUGCUCUGGGUGCGAGGCUACUUUUGGCAGGGUGAGCUGCUUCUGAUCGUCAACCUUUUCAACCUGACAGCUCUCUACUUCGGUCACUCCGCUACUCCAUUAAUCAUCCAUGCCCCGAUCGUCUCGGCACCCUUGGCCUGGAAUUACGUGGCGAUCCUCUGGAAUGGAGCCGCAAUGGUGGGACAUGACAGAACCCAUCUGCCUGCCCGUAUCGUUGCAAACAUUUUCAUUUGGGGAAUCCUCAUGUUGGGUGCCUUCUUCCUUGCGGUCUUCAAAGACUACACGAUGGGACUUGAACUGGCCCUUCUCGCAUUGUCACUUGCACUGGGUCAGCUGGCCACGAAAGUCGUCGCUUUUCAGUGGAUAUUUGCGUUCGUUAUCGCCGCAAUCCUGUUCGUCCUCUCCCUUGGAGUUGCAGCUCCAAAGCUAUUUGGAGCAGACCGCAGCGCGCGACACGAGGGCGCUAUCGUCAGCGAAGACCGAGAACGAGCUCCACUUCUGGACGAUCGUCAAUAG